AUGGAUUUGAAAAUGGCUGUCCGCUCACUUUUUCCAGCUGCUCCAACGUCUCGUAUCAACCUCAAUUUCCUGGAUGAUCUUGCAGAAUAUGACCAUACAAAGCCAUAUCAUUUCUCUGGUCCUCUUUCAAAGGAACUUGAACCUUCACGUACAAAUAUUCAGUAUAGGAUGCUCCAUGAUAUACCCGUAUCAGACCUCCGGCGAGAAGAGCGCAAGUUACUGAUUUCCAAGCACGGCUUUCAGUUCAUCCAAGUCCCAGAAGAUGUGAUAAAACUAGAUAUUCGUGGCUCAGAGAAUCAAAAGCAAGAGUACAUUGAAAGUAUCACGAUUCUUAUCAAACAGCUUCUUGGUGCUUCCUUUGCCCUCUGUUAUGACUGCCGGUUUCGAUCGAGUACCUCCAGCAAACCGACUGAUCGAAAUAUCACAGUGGGAACAGCUGAACAUCCAGAUACUCCGGCAGAGGCCGCGCAUAUUGGUUAUCUCACCCCAAUCGGGGCAGCAAGACGCACAAAGCGACAUUUGACAAACGAAGAGGCUGAGAAAUAUCUGAACAGAGACUGGAGAAUGCGAGUUGUGAAGCAAGUACCAACUUCUUCGCCAGUCCCAACUACGCUGACAAGACAAAUUCCACCACAGUUCCAGCCAGACGACUUGGUCGCUGUCGACCGGGUCUUAAGCGAGUACGUUGGCGAGGUCUACAUGCUCAAGCCGAGAAAGCAUUACCGCUGGUACAGAAUUGAUCACCAGAAGCCUAAUGAGGCUACUAUUUUCAUGAGCUACGACAGUGACCCGGGGAAUGGCGCCCCAUAUUGCCCACAUACAUCGGCAAAAAACCCAACGCUCCCAAACUCAGUAUAUACACGAGAGAGUAUUGAACUAAGAAUCCUUCUCUUCUCGCCAACCUCAGAUGUAUCUGCAUAG